AACUCAAAGAGCAACACCAUGGCAUUACCACGUUUGCCUAUAGAUCAAAAGUGGAAUACAUCUGUCGUCCAGGUUACAUGAGAACUUUUAAUUCCCGAAACAGCCUUUUUUGUGACAAGAACGGAACGUGGCAUGGACCAAGGGAGUUCUGUAUACCAAAGCCAUGCCCCUACCCCGGAGAGCCGGCCAAUGGCAGACUCGUCCUAGCAGAAAAGUUCAGUUUUGGUUCAGUAGUGAACUUCACCUGCAACACUGGGUACAGACUGGUUGGAAAUCCUGAAAUUCAAUGUGUGGUUAAAAAUGGGGUUGUUACAUGGAACAGAGAUAUUCCCCUCUGUGAGGCAAUACCAUGUCCACCCCCUCCAGCAAUAGCUAAUGGACAGCACAGCGGAGUUGGCACAGACCUUUUUGAGUACGGAGCAUCUGUCACUUACCAGUGCAACACUGUCAGAAGGGGAGAGAAGCCCUUCUUGCUGGUGGGAGAUGCCUCUAUUUUCUGUACAACCACAGAUAACAUAAAUGGUGUCUGGAACAAGCCAGCCCCGGAGUGCAAAGUGAUUAGCUGUAACCAUCCGAGCGUGGAGAACGGGAAGCUGCUGAGCAGGUACCGGGCUGAGUACACCUACAGAGACACCGUCAUGUUCGACUGCAACUUCCGCUACACCAUGAUCGGCAGCGACGUCUCCACGUGCGAACAAAGCGGCCUCUGGGAGCCUCCGCUGCCGCUCUGUCAGCUCAGUAGCUGUGACAGCCCUCCAGAUGUGCAUCAUGCUGUUAAAACAAAACUUGCUGGCAAUUUGUUUCCUGUGGAUACUGUCGUUACCUACGAGUGCGAGGAGGGCCACCAGUUCAGCGCAGGAGAAACCAUGCGGCACAUUAAGUGUCUGCCGGAUUUUACGUGGACCGAAACUCCACAUCCUUGUGAAAGAGUUCGUUGCCCAAAUCCGGAUGUCAGGAACGGAAGGCCCUUAUAUGUGUGGGAAGCUAAAGACAGUUAUGAGUAUGGAUACAGACUGGAAAUUACCUGUAAUGAUGGCUAUGCUUUCAAAGGUCAUGGCAAUAGCAUUGUGCUUCUGUGUACAAGUGAUGGCAGAUGGGAUCCACCAGCACUGGAGUGCACUCCAGAACCUCAUUGCCCAAAGCCAGAUAUUGUUAAUGGACAAGAGAUUUAUAAAAGCAAAAAUGACUACACAGUCGGGACCCGACUGAAGGUGGCGUGUGAUUCGGGCUAUGCCCUCAGGGGCCGCGAGUUCACCGAGUGUCAGGCUGAUGCGACCUGGGGUCCCCCGUUACCGUUUUGUGAUAAAGUCUGUGGUUCCCCUCCGCAAAUCGCCAACGGGCAGCACUCUGGCUUGCAACGGGAGCAGUUCCCCUAUGGCACAGAGGUGACGUACAGCUGUGCGGAGGGUCUGUCCCUCAUCGGGGAUGACUCCAUCUACUGCACCUCCGACGAUGGCGUGAGCCUGAUGUGGAGCGGACCUGCGCCGGAGUGCAGGGUGGUUCGGUGCCCCAGGCCCGCAGUCGAGAGGGGAAGGAUGACUCCGCAGAGGUUCACGUUUCCCUACGGGGCGGCCGUGCGGUUCUCCUGUGAUGAAGGCUUCAAGCUGCAGGGCAAUGCCGAGAGCCGGUGCCUGGCCGACGGCGCCUGGCACCCUCCCCUGCCGACCUGCGAGCCAGUUCGGUGUCCCAAACCCUCUGGAGGGGAGGACCUAGUGAUUGUCUCUGCUAAAUUGUGGUACGAGGUGAAUGAAACCCUGUCAUUCUACUGCAGACGUAAUAGCCAUCGAGUAGGAACUUCACGAAGUACCUGCUCAGCUCACGGCACUUGGAUACCACCGCCCACGUGUCAAAAGCGUGAGACAUGUGAGAAGAUUCUUGAAAUCAAGGAAACUUCCCCGUGUGGAGUUCCUCUGACAGAACUGAAAACUCUGCUGGAAGUCCGGAAACUGUUCCUGGAGAUCCAGAAACUUGAAAAGGAGCUAAAAUCCCCAGCAUACAGCUGA